ACCCCCUGUCACACACACACACACACACACACACACUGGGCCCCCUGACCAAGGACAGAUAGCACUCCUCACUCCCUCCAGCACGGGAGCGUCUCUGAGAGAGAGAGAUUGAGAGAGAGAGAGCGAGAGAGAGAGAGAGAGAGAGAGAGAGAGCAAGUUUGUGGUGUGGUGUGGUGUGGUGUGGUGUGGCGGUGGGCCACUAACUGACUGACUGAGAGAGAUAGAUAAAGAGAGACCCUGAGAGUGAAACUAGCGAGAGGAUUCUUCUCCGCGCGCUCAGUAUGCCAGCGUACGCCACCAACAUGAGGUUCAAGUUCCCCAUCGUGGCUCUGACCCUGGAGAUCCUCACCAUCAUCCUGUACGCCGUCUUCGUGGUCUACGACGACGGGAAGUCCUCGCACCAUGGCAGCGGGGGGAACGAGACCCACGCCGAGAACCCCGUCGCCCUCUACCCCAUGUUCCAGGAUGUGCACGUGAUGAUCUUCAUUGGUUUCGGCUUCCUGAUGACGUUCCUGAAGCGUUAUGGCUUCAGCAGCGUGGGCCUGAACCUGCUGCUGGCCGCCUUCGGUCUCCAGUGGGGGCUGCUGCUGCAGAACAUCUGGCACCUGGACCACGGCAAGAUCAAGGUCAACAUCCUCAAGAUGAUCAACGCUGACUUCAGCACGGCCACGGUGUUGAUCUCGUUCGGGGCGGUUCUGGGCAAGACCAGUCCAGUCCAGCUGCUCAUCAUGACCCUGCUGGAGAUCACCAUCUUCUGCAUCAACGAGCACAUCGUGGUGGAAAUGCUGGGAGUCUCUGAUAUCGGGGCCUCCAUGACUAUCCAUGCGUUUGGGGCGUACUUCGGCUUGGCUGUGGCCCGCAUGCUCUACCGCCCCGGCCUGAGGAACGGCCACGAGAACGACGGCUCUGUCUACCACUCUGACCUCUUCGCCAUGAUCGGCACGGUGUACCUGUGGAUGUUCUGGCCCAGCUUCAACUCUGCCAUCGCGGACCCCGGCAUGCCCCAGCUGACGGCCGUCAUCAACACCUACUUCUCCCUCGCCGCCUGCGCCCUCUCCGCCUACGCCACCUCCAGCCUGGUGGAGCACAAGGGGAAACUAGACAUGGUGCAUAUCCAGAAUGCCACUCUGGCUGGAGGCGUUGCCGUGGGAACCUGUGCAAACAUGAGCAUCGGUCCGUUCGGCGCCAUGAUAAUCGGCCUGCUGGCUGGCAUCAUCUCCACCGUCGGCUUCAAGUUCCUCUCUCCUAUCCUGGCGGCUAAUCUGGGGAUCCAGGACACCUGUGGAGUCCACAACCUGCACGGCAUGCCGGGCAUCCUGGGAGGACUCGCCGGCAUCGUGGCCGUGGCCCUCGGAAAACUGGAGGGUGGGGACCCUGCUAAGCAGGCCGCUGGGCUGGCCUCCUCUCUGGGAUUCGCCCUGGUGGGAGGAGCCAUCACAGGUCUGGUUAUGAAGCUUCCUCUCUGGGGCCAGCCACCCGACCAGAACUGCUUCGAUGACUCCAUCUACUGGGAGGUUCCUGAGGAAGAGGAGGAGGGCGAGGAGAGUCUGGCACACGGAGAUCACUCCAAAAACAAGACCGAGGCCUAAGAGAGAGAGAAAGAGAGAGAGAGAGAGAGAGAGAGAGAGAGAGAGAGAGAGAGAGAGAGAGAGAGUCAGAGAGAGAGAAGAGAAGGAGAAAGAGAAAGAGUUACCAGAGAAGGAGGAUGCGUGUGAUUACAGAAUAGGAAAUAAGAUCUUAACAGACAUUAAAUGUGUUUCGAGUGACUUUUGAUUGGAUAUUCGCUGAGGAAUGGUGCAAUGCUAUCUUGAUACAAUUUUUCUAUGACUUCUAAAAUUAUUUGCAUUUUAUGUUAAAAAAAAAAAAAAAAAGUUCAUCCAUUAUUGACCAUUCAUCUAUUAAUGCUGCCAUUGUCCCAAUGCUAUUUUUCACCAAGCCAUUUUUCAUUGGACGUGGCCAGUUUUUUUUUUGGAAGGCAUACCCUGUUUGUAAUCAUUGAGGUAUUGCCAAGAGGUCUGUGAGUACAAAGCACAGAUUAUUUUAUUCACCCCACACAUUACAUAUGAAGAGCUCUUUUCCAAAACGCUAUAUUCACCAUUUUUGACUUUUUGCAUUUUAAUAUUGGAAUUGACUGUUAAGAAGUCCUAUCAUCAAUGUGUGAAUUCUUGCCAUUCAAAUGUUUUCAGAACAUGCUUUUAAAACCUCUAUAAAAUGUAUUUUGCAAUGCAAUUCAAUGGAAUACCCGAUACAAAAAUGUCAAUUUCCCAACAUUCUAUAAAAUGGAUAUAUCUCAUUUUGGAAAAGAGCUCUUCAUAUUGUAAUCACGGCUUUUUUGUGCCAAAGAAUGCAACAUCCCAACUUGUUUGUCUGCAGUAGACACAAUAAAAAAAACCUUAUGUUUGGCAAAGAAUCUGUUCAUAUUUCGUAUCAACACAUUCUCACAAUCGAGAAUAUCAUUGCAAGUCGCUCAUUGUGUAUGACUGGUAAUUAUGUACGCGCAUUAAGCUGUAGGAUACAACUACAUUGUGUGUACAUAUCUGCAUUUAUAUCAGGGCUAUAGUGAAUUAAAGUGUUCAUUUGCAAUCAGCUGUUACUCACUCUCAGGGCAAGUUUUUAAUUAUCCACAUCUGACAAGUGCAAGAGUCUUUCGAGGCUUUGGGGUGUCACUCACUUACUCACCUACUGCCAUGGACACUGAAAUUGGAGCCCGCAGGGCCUAUUAUGAUAUUCUCCCACCCCAGGCAGAAACAGACUGCAUGCUAUAGGGUUAUAGCAGGCUGGUACACACACACACACACACACACACACACACACACACACACACACACACACACACACACACACACACACACACACACACACACACACACACACACACACACACACACACACACACACACACACACGUGCGUACAGACACACACACACACACAGACAGACACACACACACACACACACACACUCACAUGUACACACACACUCACAUGUACACACCCACCCACCCACACACACGCACACACACACAUACACACCCACGCACACGCACACACACGCACACACACACACACUGCUAUCACCACAUUUACCUUGCUGUUGUAUCUUUUUUUAAUUCUCUUUAUUAUGUCCCACAAUGUCCAUUUCUUGCAUUCUUUUUUCACGAAUGUACAGCCGCAUUCACAGUAUAUGUGUAUGUAUGUACUAUAACGAUAGAGUCUGUGUCUUGUCUUCCUCCAGCCUCUUCUGAGAAGUGGUACUAGGCUUACUGUUCCUACUGCAGAUAGAAUAAGCAAAUGUAUUUUAAGACAUAGUUUCAAUUGUCAGCCGUGUGACUUCUUCAGAGAUUUUACCCAGUAAAAUUGUUCCUGUGAAAAUAGCCAAAUGCAUCUGCCGUAAUGUUCUCGAGGCUAAUAUUACACAGUGUACCUUUAAAGUUCUCGAGGUGUUACUCCUUUAAAGUUCUCGAGGUGUUACUCCUUUAAAGUUCUCGAGGUGUUACUCCUUUAAAGUUCUCGAGGUGUUACUCCUUUAAAGUUCUCGAGGUGUUACUCCUUUAAAGUUCUCGAGGUGUAACUCCUUUAAAGUUCUCGAGGUGUUACUCCUUUACAGAUCCAGUUCAAGUGGAACAGUCACAGAAAGGGCUGGUGAUGACAACUAUACCAAAAACAUUUGCUUACACUUCUUAAACACAUUAAUUUUCAUAAAUACCAGAGGUGUCAGAAGUAAAAGUAAAAUUUUAAAAAAA